UUAUAUCAAUGAUACAAUGGUUUUGGAGAAUUUAGAAGAAACUGUCUUUGGAUUUAAUACAUUUGAAGUUUAUAGUACUGCACCUACUGAACUUAAAACCUUAUGCACAUAUCGAGAAAAUGAUUCUAUGAAUUUGCAUGAUGAAUUAGUUAAUACUUUUUAA